AUGUCGGCACCGAUAGUGGUGACCGGAGAUUUGCCGGCCCUUCUACACCAACAACCACCGUCCCUCAACCACCGUUCUGAUGCCGGCACCGACAGUGGUGACCGGAGAUCCGCCGGCCCUUCUACACCAACAACCACCGUCCCUCCACCACAAACAAGCGUUGUCGCUCCACUGCCUGAAGUGGAUGAAGAGGCCCUAUGGCGCCUAGAUAGAAUCCUCCGGAGUAUGCCCUCCGAGAUGGAUACCGCGGCGGUUUACGCCUCCCUCAAAGCCCGACUGGGAAUUUCCCGGUCAAGGGACCUCGCCACAACCUCUGCACCCGAAAAUCUUCCCCAAAACCCUCCAUAUUCCUCCCAAACACAAGCCCCCCUUCAUGCACCUGAACCUACACCCUUCUUCCCACUGGUACAGUACAGUGGGGACUCCGAUAAGAAGAAGAAGGAGGGGCGCAGCCUGCCGCCACUCCGGCCGAUGAAGCAUAAUCCGUGCCACCAUCACAUGCAGAGGGCACAUCUGGUCAAAAUGCCCCGUCACCACCGAGUGACGGGAGUUCUACCUCCCCCCUCCAAGGGCCGUCACAACCGAUAG